AUGCUCGUAGGAGGAGCUCUAGGUCCAGCCGGAAUCGCAGGAGCUGGUUUCGCCGCUGGUCCUGCCUUAGCCGCUGGUCCUGCCUUCGCCGCUGGUCCAGCUUUUGCCGCCGCUCCUGCCUUCGCUGCAGCUGCCCCCGCUGCUGUGACCGGAAGCUCUGCCAUUACUGUUAGUACUGACAACCAGCGUGCCCUUCCUGCUGGAGGAGCCCUUGGUGGUCUAUAUGGAUAUGGAUAUGGUCUUGGAGGUAUCGUUGGCCCUGCCGCCUAUGGAGCCUACGGUGGUUACGCUGCCCCUGCCGCCUAUGGAGCCUACGGCGCUUACGCCGCCGCCCCUGCUGCCUUUGUUGCCCGUCCCGCCGUCGCUGGAUUAGGUGGUUUUGGUCUGAGUGGCAAAUACCACUAAAAUCAGUUCAUUUACAGAUGCAGACAGGAAACACCAAGAAUGACAGUUGGAUGGUUGGCUACUCAAGGCUACGAUUCUUUUCGUUAGUUCAAUAUGUACUUAAAGAA